AUGGGCCAAGGCUGUCCACAGGAUGGUGAUGAAGAUGCUGAUGUUCGUCAGCACAGUUGGUAUGGGCACUAUGUCCACACUGUUUUCGCACACAUUCAAAGUGCGAUGGACCUGGGGGCUGCAGGAGUCGUCUUGCUUGGCAUCCUUGGAGAGCCCGAGGAGACCAUGACGCGGACAGAGUUUCCUGCUCUUCUCGAAGAUCUGCAAGCAGCUUAUGCUCUGCGCCUCAGUCCUUUCUUUGAUCAUCAUGGGGUCGAGAAGAUUGCUCGAAAGAGCAUCACAUCUGCCCGGGUGCCUUUGGGGUCACUGCGUGAGCAAUUGAAGGAUAAAUCCUCUCACGGACGAGCCGUGAUCAUUAUGAGCGCCGCGACAACAGCAUUUACAGAGGCUGAGUCUGCCCAAAAGGCACACAAUGAACAUAUUCCAUCGGGACAUGGCCACGUAUUCCGGGCCUUUGCCACCUCGAACGACAUGUACAAAACCGCUCGUGCUUGGCAAGGCGCAGUUGAAGAGGAAGCAGCAAUAGCCGGCAGCAGUGUGCGUUGUACCCGAUAG